CUGAAGACAGGCAAUUUUGCCGAAACCCUUACCCCACAGCUUGCCAGUCUCCACGGAAGAAAGGGUCUAACUGGACUGGACUGUAGAAUGAGGCGACCCAAAAGACAGGAGCCAUCUGCCCAGAGCAGACAAGUAGAGGCAGAAGCAUCAGAUGGUGAAGGAAGAGGAGACACAGAAAUGAUGCAGCAGGAGACAGCUCCAGUUCCUGACCUGUCAAAGGAAACCAAACAGCCUAAAGAAUGUUUCUUGAUGCAACCAAAGGAAACAAAAGAGGAUGCCACCAAGACCAGGAAAAGGAGAAAGAAGAAAAUUACUGAUGUUCUUGCAAAAUCAGAGCCCAAACCAGGGACACCUGAAGACCUACAGAAGCUGACAAAGGACUAUUACAGCAGCAAUCGCUCAGUGAUUGAAUUAGAAGAACUGAACCUACCAGACUCCUGUUUCCUGAAGGCUAACGAUUUGACUCACAGUCUUUCAUCAUACCUAAAAGAAAUCUGUCCUAAGUGGGUAAAACUUUGGAAAAAGCACAAUGAGAAGAAAUCAGUCCUGAUGCUGAUCAUCUGUAGCUCUGCCGUCCGCGCCCUGGAGCUCAUUAGGUCGAUGACAGCAUUCAGAGGAGACAGCAAAGUUAUGAAGUUAUUUGCAAAACACAUAAAGGUCCAGGAGCAGGUAAAGUUGCUGGAGAAGCAUGUGGUGCACCUGGGUGUAGGAACACCAGGGAGAAUUAAAGAGCUUGUUAAACAAGGUGGCCUUAAUUUGAACCCCUUAAAGUUUCUGGUGUUCGACUGGAACUGGAGAGAUCAGAAGUUGAGGAAAAUGAUGGACAUUCCCGAGAUAAGAAAGGAUGUUUUUGAACUUCUGGAAAUGGAAGUACUCAAUCUAUGCAAGUCAGAAUCUUUGAAGCUGGGCCUUUUCUAAGUCUGGAUCCUAACGAAGAUUCUAGUUUUCACAGUGGAAUUUGCAUCUUAUUUAAUGACUCUGGCACAUUGCAAGUGCUCAGUAAAUAUCAGCCAUUAUUUUAUGUUAACUGCAUCACCAGCUGGAUCACAGGGAAUAUUUGAUGGGGAUUCUUUGACAGAAAUAAAUCUGUUCUUUUG